AUGAAAGGUGAAAUUUCAAAAGAACCAUUAAAUAAAAGCUCAGUAAAAAAUCAAAAACCACACUUUGAACACUGUGUAAAUUCUGUGGUAUACAAACUAGAAGAUUUAAAAUAUGAAGAUUUCAACAAUACACUAUCUACUAUAUGUUCUGAGAGUUCAUAUAAUGAAAAUUCCUCAUCCAUUAUGAAUAUUCAAAAGAUAAAUGAUAAAAAAGAGUUAAAAUCAAAUAAAAAAAAUAAGAAAAUUUCCAAACAUCGUGCCUAUUUUCAAUAUAUGUGGAGUAUUUCAGAUGAAUUACCGUAUAUGAUGAUAUUUUAG